AUAAACCUUUUCUCCCCCGGCUUGGCCAAACUUCUAGUGAAGCUACAACAAAUAGAGAUUACUAGCUGCAAGAUGAUGGAGGAAAUUAUUGGAAAAGAGGAUGAAGAAAAACAAGAAGAAAGCAUGCAAAAAAUUGUGUUCCCUCAACUAAGCUCUCUGACAUUUGAAGAGCUACCCAGUCUCAAGAGUUUCUGUAAUGGGAUUUAUGCUCUUGAAUUUCCAUUAUUAGAAAAUUUGGAUUUUAAGGAAUGUAAAGGGAUGAAGACAUUCUCUUAUGGAUCAUUAAGCAUGCCAAGGCUAAAGAAACUUAAAAUAAAUUAUGAGAACCAUCAAUUAAUGGGAUCUCAAGACCUUAAUUCAACAAUGAGUCACUUAUUCAAGGAAGUUGUUGCUAAUGAUGAAUCUGAUUCUCCGGAGUAUGAAGUAGAUGAUGAGUCUGAUUCUUCCAAGCAUGAAGUGGAUGAAGUAGAUGAUGAGUCUGAUUCUUCCAGGCACGAAGUAGAUGAUGUAUCUGAUGUUAGGGAACUUUAAAUCCUUGAUGAUAUCAAAUUUCAGGCAGAAGAGCAAAAUGGCAUUCAAUUCUUAAGGAGAUUUAGAACUCUGGGGCUGCUGGAUCCUUGCUGUUGCGUUGGUUUCCUCGGAGGCGUUUGUUGUUUCUUUGGGCUUCCAAUUCUUUGAUUUGGUGGUCUUUUUGAUCUUGCUGCUGUUGGUGUCUUCUUGCUCCUUUGUUAUUUGGAGUUUGCUGUUUCUUUGGGUUUGCUUUGCUGUCCUUGAUGUGCUGCUGCUCUUGGAACCUGCUGUCUGUUGAUAUUUAAUUUGGGAUUUUUGUACGAUGUGGAUAUAACUAUCGCUUGUUUGAUUAAGUUUCUCAUGUUAAGUUUGAUUUUAAAGGACUUUGGGGUG